AUGGGCGACGAGAAACCGUCGCAAUAUCUUCGCCGAUUACAAGCGCAAGCUGGAUCAUCGUUUCCUGACAGUCUUCUCAAGACACUGUGGCUACGGGGUUUACCAGAAAAGUAUCAAACGGCGAUGGCCACCCAGCAGAAAAAGGGCGUCACAGCUAUGGCAGAGGUCGCCGACAUUAUUCAUGGAUUGCUGCCCUCGCGCCCGUCAAUCUCAGAGGUGGCGGUAACGCAGGAUACACAACUUGCCCUAGCGAUGCAACAACUGCGCCUAGAGAUAGCGGAGAUCAAGAACCAUCUAGGCAGCAUGAACUCCCGUGGAAAGAAAGCAGAAUUUUAUAGGCGCGGCAAAUCCCAGACACCCCAUCGAGUUCAGAAUUCUCAAGAGAUACCCCGCUCUCGGUCACGUCAACGGGGCCCACGCCCUCCAGAUAUGUGCUGGUAUCAUUGGAUAUUUGCCGACAAAGCAUCAUUGUACUUCCCCGUGUAA